UAUACUUUACACUGACCGCUAAUAAGGUUAUGAAUUUUACGCGGACUCAAUAAAAGCAAAUAUGUGUUUAACAUUAUUAAUGGGAAUUAGUAUUAUAUUUUUAUUGUUACCGUGUGAACCAGUAUUAACUCUUAUGAUAGAUCCGAAACUGUGCGAAGUAUGGGGACCAGGAUUGUCUGCUUCUGAUAUUGUGAUGCCGGCGCGGUACUUCUUCAUUCAGGCUGUUGAUGUUUCUGGUACCAAGCUGACGCUGUCCCCGGGUGAAGUGUUCACCGUGGAGAUAUCCGGCACGAGCGGUGCGAGGGUGUGUCGGGUGUGGGUGAACGUUCUGGAUCGGAGGGACGGCAGCUUCAUCGUCCGCUACAAGGUCUACAACAGCUGUGUGGACUUCCGCAUCCAGAUAACGCACCAAGGAGAGCACGUUGCGGAUUCUCCUUACGCGGUGACAGGUACAGUUAAUGGAGAAGAAUGUCUAUGUCCAGUCGAAUCCAUGUCGACGUGGUUGAAACAGUACGGUUGUCCAUCCUCAUACUCGCAGAUAGACUCCGAUCUGAACAAAUUCACAGCAGUCAACUUCACAAGUUUACGCAGCGGUUUGAUUAAGAGAUACGACCACCCAGGCAGCAUGAGUAUCUGCAACUACGUAAUUAAAGACAGCCAGAUCCACAGGAAAUGCUACGGGCAACAUGUUGGGUUCAAAAUGUUUGUGGACGCAAUCCUGCUGUCGCUGGCACGCAAAGUCCGUCUUCCCGAUAUGGAAUUUUUCUUUAACCUGGGAGACUGGCCUCUGGUGAAGGCAGAGCAAGGACACCGGGACCCCGUUUUUGCUUGGUGCGGGUCUGACGACACAGACGACAUAGUUGUGCCCACCUACGACCUCACAGAGGCCACCCUAGAGUGCAUGGGCAGAGUGACCCUGGACAUGCUCUCCGUCCAGGGCAACACGGAUGUCCCGUGGCGGGACCGGGCGGAGAAGGCGUUCUGGCGCGGACGAGACUCGCGCAGGGAGCGACUGCAACUGAUAGAGAUCGCCCGCAAACAUCCGCACCUCUUCAAUGCAUCUCUCACCAACUUCUUCUUCUUCAGGGAUCAGGAGGCCGAUUAUGGGCCAAAGGAGAAGCAUAUCUCUUUUUUCAGGUUCUUUGAUUACAAGUACGUGAUCAACAUAGACGGCACCGUAGCGGCGUACCGGCUGCCGUACCUCCUGGCAGGGGGAUCCCUGGUGCUGAAGCAGGAGUCCAAGUACUACGAGUUCUUCUACAAGUCGCUGGAGCCGUGGAAGCACUACGUGCCGUUCAGCCAAGACCUCGGCGACCUGGUGCAGAGGGUGUCGUGGGCGAAGCAGCACGACGCACGGGCGGAGGCCAUCGCCGGAGAGGGCCGUCGCUUCGCGCAGGAACACCUGCUGCCACAGCACGUGUUCUGCUACCACGCCGUGCUGCUGCACGAGUGGAGCCGGCGAGUCGAGAGCCCCGUGUCCGUGCUGGAAGGCAUGGAGCCAGUGCCCCAGCCUCACUCCGACUGCCCGUGCGCCCGCGAGGCGAGCCGCCCGCACACCGAGCUGUGACCGUCGCGGGAGGCACGUCCCUCCCUCCCGGUAGCGACAGUGUCGGGUGCAUCCGUCGACGCAGUAGUGAUGUCACUCAACCUUGAAAUUUGUACUCAUUUUGAAACUUUUCCAAUAAAAUUGUAAAAUGAGAAA